CCCUUUUAUCGCUCGCUCUCUCUCUCUCUCUCUCUCUCCCCCUCUGUCUCUGUCCAUCUCUGUCUCAGUCCUGCCGCACAUGGUCUGCCGGGCUGCUGGUCUGCGUUAGUGUCUGAGGCUCAGCGGAGGAGAGGGAGGAUGUCAGAGGGCUGCAGACGCACUCUCGUGGAAACAGCGAGCGGAGCAGGUCCAGUCUUACAGGAGCUUCGGUUAAUAACCUCAGCCGCUCAUCAGCCCCGAGUCUCGCACCCGGCGGCAGUCUGACAUGCGGCCGUCCGCAGUCCGACAGGGAAGUCUGCGCCUAACUUGCUCAAGUCCACGAGCAGCCCAGAGGGACGACUUUCACCGGUUCGGUUCGAGUGGGACGCUGAUUUACGACUCGGCUUGAGCUAUUGCUCGUUUAACAGCCAUUCGUCACUUAGAGGCCGGGCGGGAGUCAGAGGAUUUUGGACUCCAGCAAACACGCCGAGCUACUGUGGAGCCUCCGCACCCCCCCCCCACCCCCACCCCCACCCUGUCAGCUGGGACGCGUGGCGGGAUGCAGUGACUGAAACAACCAGCGGCACAUUCGCGUUUCUUGCCCACGCCGUGGACACGUUGCUUACGCACGCCGUGGACACGUUCGAUUCAGGACAAAACGUGCACAUUUUGUGAGGAGGACUGCAGUUAAUGUUGUCAUCGUUGUUAUCAUCACCACCACCACCACCACCACCACCACCAUCAUCAUCAUCAUCAUCAUCACCAUCAUCAGCAGCAGCAGCAGCAUCUUUCAGACAGCAGGUUGUUUACUGCCAGAGAGGGAGUCACCUGAAGUGGAACCAUGAAAGAAGUCUACGGUGGAUACGAAAACCAGCUUUUCAAAGAGGAGGAUCUGACUGGAGAAGAGGAGGAAAUGCCUUCGUUCAGAGGUCGAACCAGAGGUGGCUGUGUGAAGUGUCAGCAGACUCAUUCCCUCCAGCUGGCGGUUAAAGUCCUCUAUGGAUUUGUUGCAUUCCUCAUUAUCACUGUGGUUGUUCUGGCAUCACUAGUGUUCAGGAAAGUUGACAGCUUGUCGGAAGAGGAGUCCUUCUACCACAAGAAGAUUGCUAAGGUCCAGCAGGGAAUCGAAGAUCUGAGCUCCACCACCAACUGUUCAGGCUGUCUGGAUGUGACUCUGUACAGCGAGGAGAUCAGCAGGCUGAAGGGAGAGUUUGAAGACAUCCAGAGAAUGAUACUAGGGCAGGAGCAGGUGUUGGACCAGGCCUCCCAGACCCAGUCCACCCUCAAAUCUGCGAGCAGCCGCUUGACCCGCGACGUGCAGAACCACACCGUGUCAAUCAAGCUCCUGAACCAAUCCCUGGAGAGAUAUACGGGCCAGGUGGAGGGCUGGAAAGAUGUGAUUGACGAGACCGAUGAGCGAAUGAAGACUCUGUCACAGGACCAGUAUGACCUCAGAGCGACGAUACAGCAAGUGAACACUACUGUGGCCCUCAGCACCAUGUGGAUGGACGCCUUGCAGAGGAAAGCCGACGAGGAGACUCUGGUGCUACAGAAGAUGACGGCGGACUGGCAGAACUACAGCCGCGUCCUGAGCGCGCUCAAAUCCAACUCCAGCAACACCAUGCAGACGGUGCGCAGCAUCCAGAGCGGCAUCUCCGCCACGCACCAGAGGAUCAGCAUGUCCUCCGAGAUGGUCCAUGACCUCACCUUGCAGGUGAUGAACCUGCAGAUGCAGCUGGACAAUGUGACCUCCUUCAUGGAUGAACAUGAGGAAAACAUGCAUGACCUUCACUACCACUCCAGGUACUAUGAGAACCGCACAGGUGAACGUUUCUCCACUUUAGAUGGCCGUCUGAAUUCCAUUGAGUUGGAGAUUGAGACCAUUUCCUCCAGCAUAAAUGCCACUGUCAGCCAUGUCCAGAGCAUGUACAAAUACAUCAACAUUGAGAGCUCCUCCUGCCAGAGUCGUCUGGGAAGCCACACUGAAGAUCUACAGAAUUUGAACAACACCGUAUUGCUGCUCCUCCACUUAGCUGAUACACUGAGGCAACAGUACAUGUUGUUGAGUGUCCGUCUGGAUGUGGAUGUCAGGAACCUGUCCAUGGUGAUGGAGGAAAUGAAGCUAGUGGAUACGCACCAUACCCAACUCAUAAAGAAUUUUACCAUACUCAAAGGUGCUCCUGGGCCACCAGGCCCCAAAGGGAACCGUGGCGAGGCUGGUGCUAGAGGGCCCAUGGGUCUGACUGGGAGCAAAGGUGACAGGGGUCCUGUCGGCAGCCGCGGAUUCCCUGGAGAGAAGGGCCUCAUCGGAUCGAGGGGAGUGCAAGGUGAAUCAGGCCCCACCGGCGCCAGAGGCGUAGCCGGGCUCAAAGGAGCCAAAGGGUCUCUCGGUCAGCCGGGCCCCCGUGGUGAGAGGGGCGAGAAGGGUGACAUGGGGAAUGUCGGCAAAGAUGGGUUGGUAGGACCAAAGGGACCACCGGGGAUCCAGGGCCAGGCGGGGCUGCCAGGAAUCCAUGGGAUGCCCGGCCCCAGGGGAAAACCAGGUCCAGUGGGGCCACCUGGGCCACCAGGCAUCCCUGGACCUCCAGGUUUACCAUACCACCCUGACAAAACCACUACACAACAACGUACCCGCAGGGACACAUGGACUGCUGGCUCUAAGAGACAGUAAAAAGGAGAUUGAAACAUAAAAGGAAGUGGAUGGAGAGGAAUUCAGAGAUUGACAAAACUGGAACUGAUGGAAUAUCUCUGAUAUGUACGAAGGAGCGAAGGAAUUACUGAUAAAAAUUAAUGACAGGAAUUAUAGCCGUGAUGACUUUUGAUGCAGCAGAUGAGCGUCGUUUCAUUUCUAUGGGACAGCACAAGGCCAUUAAGAAACUCGUGACUUUUUGAGGUAAUAUGUUUCAAUUACGUGUCAUGACAAGUACACGUUUUACCCAUUUUAAAAAUAACAUGGCUACUAAAGGAGGACAAAGAAGAACAUUUUGGAAACAGCAAAUGUAUUUACUGCCAGAGAACCCAUUUCUUUUCCUUUAAUCCACUUGACACUGACACUUCCCAUACCAACAAUCACCAAGAUUUGAACAGAUUCUGGACUUCGUGUGGUACUUUGAGACAAAACGCCUACACGUAUUGGUUCUGAUGCUACACUUCAUUGAGCUUCCCUGGCACACAAAAGCCAAUUUAGCCGUCUGCCCAUGCCAACAUAGGUUACCCAAAAGGUCAGCGUGCCAGCAAAAUGAGCUUGCAUCCUACAAAAGCAAACAAAAGGAAAAAAGCCUUCCUUGCUGAGUUCAAAGUUUGAUUAGAAAUGUAAUGUAGAAUGAGAGAGGAAUAUGUGGUGGAGACUGAUUGUCAAGAAACCAAAGCUGCAUGAGCCUAUACGUUUAACACAGACUUAUGAUAUACAUGAAAUGGGCAUUUUCAAGUUGCUUGUUUUUUUUCCUCGCUCUGAUUGAAUCAAGUGUACGUUCCCAUUGCCUUGCACUGCCACGCGGGUGCAGAAAGGAUAUCAACUUGCUUUUAUAUUUCAUGCAAAAUGACCUGAGGUUUUGAUACAUUGCACUUUAAUAGUUCAUUGAAGUGUGAAAAUCUGUUUACUAUCUUUUUCACUAUAGCUUUUCAGAGCAGGCACUCUGAAUGUUUUCUCUGGUCAAGAGAACAGAAUUCUAAUGGUGAUGUUUAUUUGAGAAAUGGAAGUCGCAGCACGUGCGGCCUCCUGUAGGGUUUCUUAUUUAGUCAUGUUGAAGUUGCUUGAACUGUGAUUCAUUCAUGGCCUCAGAAGAAUGCUUUUAUGAGAUUUGUUUGCUGGACAAAAACAAAUGUGAUAAACCCUCGGAACAAAGUAAAGAAUGCUCAUGUUUUCCUCGUGUAGACCCAUGUGUUUGUGACAUUGUACAGUGCUUUUCCAGAAGCUCAUAUGGGAAACUCAUUCCAAACAUACCUAAAUGAUCAUGUAUAUGUUCAGCUCAUGUAAGGAAUCCAAAUACCAAACUAGUUACCCAUCCUGAAGCAAUGACAGCAUUUGCAAUCGCUUCGUUUUGUUUGAUAAUUUCAGCUGAACCUCUGAAGACCUUAUGCAUUACUCGCUUAUGAAGAUAGUACAUUGAUAUACGCAAUUACAUAAUCAUGUUUCCUUCAUUAUACAUCUCGGGAAGAAAUACUGAGAAUGGAGAAAACGAUAUAAUGCCAUCAUUUUUUGUAAACGUGUGUUGUUAUGAAAUGCGACUGGCUUGCAUAGAACUUCAAUAAAUGCUUUUAACAGCCC